GUCCCGUAGCGUUCUCUCUCUCUCUCUCUCUCUCUCUCUCUCUCUCUCCCUCCUUCACUGUCACUUGUUACAGGUCCCGUAAUUGGAUGACGUCGCGGCCAGUCAUCGAAGUCUCGCGACAUCCCGAGAACCAAUGAGACGCUAGUGGGCGCGUAUAAAGACCCGGAUGCGACACGAGCGCGGGAGAAGCGUUUGCUUUGUUUUGUUUGCUCUCCUGCGUUUGCUGUCGUAUUUUUGCUCUUGUUUAGUUUGAUUUGUUUAUUGUGUGUUUUCUUCACUUGAAACUGUGUUCAUCAUGCCCUACUACUGAUACUGUGAUUAUGGCGUGACUCGACUCUUGAUUUGUCAGAGUUUGUUCAAGUCCUUCUCCGAUACAUAGUGAUGGGACCAGUCUCUCCCAGGUCAACAGGGGAGGCGCAGUUGAGAGUGCGGAUUGAACGGCUCCGUAUGGAAGCUCGAGAAAGAGCACAAUCCCGCCAAGCAGAACUAGAUCUGCGUCUACAGGUGCGCAAGCUCGAAAUUGAAGCCGAUAAGGAGGUUAAGCUUCGACAGUUGGACAUCGAGGCGGCGAAGGCUGCUGCGGUUUCCUCUGUUCCACAGAACUCUUCAUCGGUAAGUGACAAUUCAGCUAAUUCGACUUCAGCCACUUUUGAUGUUGGCAAACAUAUUGCCUUAGUGCCAAGUUUUCGUGAAACGGAAGUGGAUAGCUAUUUUAACGCUUUCGAAAGAAUUGCAACUUCUUUGGGUUGGCCAAAAGAGGUAUGGUCAUUGUUGUUGCAAUGUAAAUUAGCUGGGAAAGCUUUAGAAGUUUAUUCAACCUUGUCUUUAGAAGACAGUCUUAAGUAUGAGGUGGUUAAGCUAGCUGUACUUAAAGCUUAUGAAUUAGUCCCAGAGGCCUAUAGGCAGCAAUUUCGUACUCGUAGAAAAAACGCCAGUCAAACGUACGUCGAAUUUGCCCGAGACAAGGGAAUCCUUUUUGAUAGGUGGUGCGCUUCUAGUAAGGUGGAUGAUUUCACAUCGCUUAGAGAGCUUAUGCUACUAGAAGAUUUUAAACAGUGUCUUCCAGAGAGAAUGGUGCUGUAUUUGAAUGAACAGAAAGUAACAACUUUAUCUCAGGCAGCAGUGUUAGCGGAUGAGUUUGUGCUCACACACCGAAAUGUUUUUCAGCCAGCAAGCAUUGAAAAGUCCUUUUUUAGGGUGCCGACGAAAGUUCAGCAACCCAAGUUAAAUGGCGAGAAGCCCAAAGAAAUGCGGGAGUGUUUUUACUGUCAUAAGAAGGGACAUGUUAUAGCGGAUUGUUUGACUCUGAAGCGUAAGCAGCAGACCCAAACAAAAGAGGUUGCAUUUGUGAAUGCCAUUGAUCCGGGUGCACAUCUUGAACCGAUUCAAGGUGAGGUUGACAGUGUUUAUGUACCAUUUCUUUCUAAAGGUUACGUAUCAUUAUCAGGUAAGGAGGAAGAUCAGGUAGAAGUGCGGGUGUUAAGAGACACGGGCGCUGCCCAGUCAUUUGUGUGUGCAGAUGUUUUGCCUUUUUCAGAUCAGACAUCAGUUGGAUCUAAUAGACUCGUACAGAGUUUCAGCAUGGAGGUCAUGAGAGUCCCGGUUCAUCGUAUCCAUCUGCAGACAGACUUGGUGUCCGGUUUUGUGGAGGUAGGAGUACGCCCUGCUUUACCAGUGAAAGGUGUAUCCUUCAUUUUGGGUAACGAUUUGGCCGGAGGGAAGGUGGUACCUUCACUUGAGGUAGUUGAUACUCUGACAGAGCAUAGCUCUGAUGAUUUGGCACAGAAAUAUCCAAGUGCAUUUACUGCUUGCGUCAUCACACGUGCUCAAUCAAAGAAAGAUGGUGGUGUGUCUUUAUUUGACUCUUUCUUAUGUGCAGAUCAAGAGGCUGAGGGAAGUCUUGCAGAUGAGUCUCAUGUCAGUGAUCAGGGGAAUGAGGUUGUCGUAAGCGACCCAUUAAUAUUGACGGUAACUCGUGAAAAGCUAAUUGAAGCUCAGAAGAAUGAUAUUUCACUUGUAAAAUGUUUUAAACUGGCUGAGAAACCUGCACUUAACAAUGUCUCAUUUUUAGUGAGAGAUGGACUGCUGGUGCGGAAGUGGCAUAAAAAUAAUGCUGUCGAGGAUGAGUGGAACGUUGUUUAUCAGGUGGUGGUUCCUUCCAUUUUUCGUCAACAGGUAUUGUCGUUGGCGCACGAUCAUCUGCUCUCCGGACACUUAGGGGUGACGAAAACAUACAAUCGUGUUUUACAGCAUUUCUUUUGGUACGGUUUGAAGCGUGACGUUGUAAAGUACUGCAAGACUUGUCAUGUUUGCCAGUAUGCUGGAAAGCCAAACCAGGUGAUUCCACCAGCCCCUUUAAUACCAAUUCCCGUCAUAGGCGAACCUUUUGAACAUGUGAUUGUGGAUUGUGUUGGUCCUUUGCCAAAGACCAAAUCUGGUAAUCAGUUUUUAUUGACUAUUAUGUGUUCAGCUACCAGAUACCCGGAAGCAAUUCCACUACGCAAAAUCACAUCCCGAGCAGUCGUUAAAGUUUUAACAAAGUUUUUUACCACAUUUGGUUUACCAAGAAUUGUCCAGACUGAUCAGGGGACUAAUUUUCUGUCUAAGUUGUGUGCUCAAGUUUUUAAGUCACUCAAUAUUACACAUCGCAUAGCCAGUGCCUAUCACCCAGAAAGUCAGGGGUCCUUGGAGAGGUUCCAUCAGACUUUAAAAGCAAUGCUUAGGAAAUACUGCCUCGAGACAGGGUCCGAGUGGGAUGAAGGUGUUCCCUUGCUUUUAUUUUCAAUUCGUGAAACCGUGCAGGAGUCCCUCAAGUUCAGCCCAUCAGAGCUGGUCUUUGGCCAUACUUUUAGAGGACCAUUGAAAGUCCUAAAAGAGAGGAUGUUAGGCAUUGAGGACUCUAAGAAAACAAACGUGUUAGACUAUGUUAGCAAAUUCCGUGAUCAACUUCAGAAAUCAUGUAUGCUGGCUCGUGAGACAUUGGCUAAAGCUCAAGGCAAGAUGAAAAUGUGGUAUGAUAAAUCUGCUGUCAACAGAUCUUUUGCAGUUGGCGAUCAGGUGCUGGUUCUACUUCCCGUUCCAGGGUCUGCAUUAACUGCACGGUUUUCAGGGCCUUAUGAGAUCUUGGAGAAGAGAGGAGAGACAGAUUAUGUAUUGCGUACACCAGACAGGAGACGUCAGAAACGGGUAUGUCAUAUCAAUAUGUUAAAAGCUUACCAUACCAGAGAUGACAGGGAGUCACCUAAGGAGAAGGAAGACGAUUGUGUCCGUCCAGUAGGUGUGGCAUGUGACGAGCUCAUUUGCUGACGAUCAAGACAAUGCGGAAGGCUUAUUGGAGUUAGAUACCCCAUUGUUAUCUGCUAGAUUGUCUAAUUCUGAAACCCUAGCCAAUCUGUCAAGUUUCUUGGCACAUCUUAAUACCGAUCAGAGGGAUGAUAUCAUUAAACUCCUUAGCAAUUUUUCUUCUAUACUGGGGGACACUCCUACACUAACCAAUGUUUUACAGCAUGAUAUCAAUGUAGGGGAGGCCCAGCCGAUUAAGCAGCAUCCUUAUAGAGUUAACUUUAUUAAAAGAGCUGCAAUGAGGAAGGAAACUCAGUAUCUAUUAGAGAAAGGUUUAGCCAGUCCUAGUCUUAGUGCAUGGAGUUCGCCAUGUCUUUUGGUACAAAAGUCAGAUGGUACCGCACGCUUUUGUACAGACUACCGACGUGUCAAUGCUGUAACUGUCCCUGAUUGUUUCCCGAUGCCACGGAUAGAGGACUGUGUUGACAGCGUUGGUUCCGCCAAAUUUGUGAGUAAGCUGGAUUUGCUCAAGGGAUAUUGGCAAGUUCCAUUAACGCCCAGAGCAUCUGAAAUUUCAGCUUUUGUAACACCAGAUUGUUUUUUUCAGUACAGGGUUAUGGCGUUCGGCCUGCGAAAUGCCGCAGCCACUUUUCAGAGACUGGUUAAUUUGGUUCUUGCUGAUGUCCCGAAUUGUAACGCUUAUCUUGAUGAUAUUGUGGUUUAUUCACAGAGUUGGAGUGAGCAUGUAUCUCUUUUAGAGACUGUGUUCAAGCAUUUGCAGGAGGCUUCAUUGACUUUGAAUUUCUCCAAGUGUGAAAUCGGUAAGGCUACAGUGACUUACCUUGGUAAGCAGGUGGGGUAUGGUCAAGUACGUCCGGUGAUGGCCAAAAUUUCAGCGAUAAAUGACUUUCCAGUACCUAAGACCCGACGUGAGCUACGUAGAUUCCUGGGCAUGGCCGGUUUCUAUCGGUGUUUUUGUCGCAAUUUCUCCUCCGUUGCUGCACCAUUAACUACUUUACUCAGUCCUUCAGAACAUUUUGUCUGGUCAACUGAUUGUCAAACAGCAUUUGAAAAUAUUAAAGUGUUGCUGUGUAGUAAGCCUGUUCUGUCUGCUCCAAAUUUCUCCUUGGCGUUCAAACUGGAAGUGGAUGCGAGUGAUUUAGGAGCUGGUGCCGUACUCAUACAAGAGGAUAAGGAUGGAAUCGAUCACCCGGUCUGUUAUUUCUCUAAGAAGUUUAAUAGAAGUCAACGGAACUAUUCAACGAUAGAGAAGGAGGCUUUGGCUUUGCUGUUGGCAAUCCAACACUUCGAGGUUUACGUUGGUUCUUCUGUAUUUCCUGUGACUGUUUAUACAGACCACAACCCUUUAACUUUUAUUUCACGUAUGCGUAACCAGAACCAAAGGUUGAUGAGGUGGUCCCUUAUUUUUCAGAACUACAAUCUUGAGAUCCGGUACAAGAAGGGUACAGAUAAUGUCGUGGCAGACGUUCUGUCUCGGGUCUAAGGAAGAGUACCUACUGGUAUAGGUUGGUUCUAUCAAACAUGUGUAUGUUUGUUUUUUAAGGGUGGGGGUGUUACGUCCCGUAGCGUUCUCUCUCUCUCUCUCUCUCUCUCUCUCUCUCUCUCCUUCACUGUCACUUGUUACAGGUCCCGUAAUUGGAUGACGUUGCGGCCAGUCAUCGGAGUCUCGCGACAUCCCGAGAACCAAUGAGACGCUAGUGGGCGCGUAUAAAGACCCGGAUGCGACACGAGCGCGGGAGAAGCGUUUGCUUUGUUUUGUUUGCUCUCCUGCGUUUGCUGUCGUAUUUUUGCUCUUGUUUAGUUUGAUUUGUUUAUUGUGUGUUUUCUUCACUUGAAACUGUGUUCAUCAUGCCCUACUACUGAUACUGUGAUUAUGGCGUGACUCGACUCUUGAUUUGUCAGAGUUUGUUCAAGUCCUUCUCCGAUACAUAGUGAUGGGACCAGGUUAGUAUGUCACGUGACUUACACCUCGCAACACGUAGAGUAAAGUUGUUUAAACACACUAGUUUAGGAGCAGGUGCCAAUUUAUGUAUUUAUGUUUGUUAGUUAGUGUAGAUAGCUACACUGAAGAUGUUAUUUUCCUUGCUUUCUUUUGAUUAGUUUAGAAUUUGUUGGGGUUUAGUUAACUUGUUUUGUUUUAUUGAUUUUUAUUUAUUUUUUUUUAUUUUAUUUUUUUUAUUUUUUUUUUUUUAGCACCGCUCUCGUCCCUCGCUUUGUUAUCGUUUAUUUUACUUUUGUACAUAAUUUGUAAAUAGGUAUUUGUUUGUUUUGGAUGUAUGUUUGGUUCACUGCUUAUUGUAUCAUUGGUGUUUUGUUACAUUGAAUUAUUUUUCCCUUACUAAAAGCAACUACAAAUUUA